AUGUCUGCCGCCAUCUUACCCAUAAAUGGAAACGUUCAAGUAAGAUAUGUUGCUUCUUCCAGAGUAAAUAGCUAUGAAAGCAUCACAAAUCGUGAUCAAUUCCAUUGUCACGAUGAAGCUCAGGACGAACAAUCGAAAAUUGCUAGUAAUAAGAGAGCUAAAAGAAUUUUAUGGAUUUCUGUUAUAAUUUGUUUGUUUUUUAUGGCUUGUGAGGUUGUUGGAGGAUUUCUAGCCAAUUCCUUGGCCAUCGUCACCGAUGCAGCUCAUUUGUUAACUGAUUUUGCAUCCAUGCUAAUCUCUUUAUUUUCCCUGUAUAUCGCUGGUAGGAAACCGUCACAGAAAAUGAGUUUCGGAUUUCAUAGAGCUGAGGUUUUGGGUGCUUUCUUCUCAGUUUUUUUGAUUUGGAUUGUCACAGGAAUUCUCGUAGUUAUGGCUAUUUCACGCAUUUUAAAUAAGGAAUACGAAGUUGAUGCUCCAAUUAUGGCCGCAACAGCUGGUCUGGGAGUUCUUGUCAAUCUCAUUAUGGGAGCUCUAUUGUACUUUGGAGGACAUACUCAUUCACACGGAGGAGGGUCGCAUUCACACGGAGGAGGAUCUCAUUCACAUUCCGGAAAAUCCGUUGAAGAAUCUUCAACAGGCUAG